CUUGAUACGGAUGAACACAAAUUUUGAUACGCUGUGAUGAUCAAACCCGUUGGAUAUUUCUAUCAGAUUAGACAGUGUUGUAUUCUGUGUAUCAAACUGAAGCGUUCUCUAUGCAGAGAAAGAGGAGCGACCUUGGAACAUAGCUUGUUGCGGCUGAGUUGAAUUUUUGUUUUCUUCCACUUUGGUUAGUUUCGCCAGUCGCGAGCUGGCAGUGGUGUCGUAAACAAGUGCUUAGUAUGUGUUUGUGUGGGAGGCGUGCGUUGCUGUGACACACGUGUUGCGAUGUCGGUGUCGGGUGCGACACUGCGGUCCACACACCGGCCGCAACUGGACCGUGCAGUCAGCAUGAACAUCGACGACCGCUCCUACAAGUCAAAAUCGGCCAACCCGAGUCUGAUCGGUCGCUGGAGGAGUUUCCGCAUCAAGCAGCCUCACAACGGAAUGGCGACCAGCAUCCUGAACGGACGUCUCAACCUCGGAGACUCCCCGCCCGCUGAAGAUGAUGUCGGAUUUUUUGAGAGCCUCGACGACAACAGCAUCCCCGACGAACUCAGCGUCAAAAUCUGCAAGGAUUCCAUUCGUCAAAGCAUUCUCGAUCAGAUGAAGAUCUCCUCAGGUGAUGUCAAACUUCUUCUUGACAUUGAAAGUGGAAAAGCUACGCCUGAAACCUUAGAAUCAAGCAUUGCUCAUUGUUCAUCCCUUGAGAGAAACUUUGCAUUUUUGUGGUGCACAUUCAUGAAGAAACACGAAAUGCUUGAAAUUCUUAACCGUUAUGGAAUAGAUCUGAACUAUACACUAAUCACUGAAGGAUUAAGUGCCAUUCACUUGAGUUCGUUUAGUGGAUGUUUGAAAUGUGUGCGUUGGUUGAUAACUAGAGGGUGUAACGUAAAUCACAUGCCUGAUGCACACACACCACUUCACUGUGCUGUAUGGGGCAACUCACCAGAAACCGUACGUCUUCUCAUAUCGAAUGGUGCAAUAAUACGUGAAACUGUGAUGCAUUACGCUGUGCGCGCCAACGCUCACGAGUGUUUACAAAUGUUACUGGAUGAGGGAGCAGAGGUGAACUGGUUGGAUGUGGGUGGGAGUGCCCCGUUGCACAUUGCAGCCGAUCGCCGUAUGUCGUUGUGCAUGAAAAUGCUUCUCAAUUACGGCAAACUAGAUGUCAACAUCGCCUCCAGAGAGAAAGCAAUGACCGCUCUACACUAUGCAGCUGAAGGCGGCUACUUGGACUGCAUUCAAAUGUUACUCUCCAAGAAUGCCGACUACAACAAGAAAAACAAGAAAGGUCAAACACCCCUGCAUCUAGCUGCUCGGUCUCAGAGUGUUGAGUGUAUUGAAGCCCUACUGAAGGCCGGGUCCAACAUUAAUGAAAAAGACUAUGAAAAUCGUACACCUCUCCAUUCAGCUGUUGGAAAAGCGCUUCUAGCUUUCAAUUCAGUCGAAUCUCUUCUAAGGUGGGGUGCUGAUGUGAAUGUGAAAGACAAGUACGGGUAUACUGCUCUACAUAUAGCAGCCCUCAACGAACUUGUCCAGUGUGUUGAUAUCCUGAUAAUGUACGGGGCAGAUGUGAGCUCUCGCACCAAAGGUGGUGUGACCGCAUUGAGUAUCGUAGCGCGAAAAACACCGGCUUGUUUAGAGACAAUUUGUAAAAAAUUGGACUCGUCCAUCUCAUUACAUGAUCCUGAGGCGUCUAAUAGAGAAGUGGAAUUGAAGUUAGAUUUCCGAUACCUACUGCAGCAUUCUUCAGGUGGUGAAGUAGGUUUAUUAAAAACUCUAAUAGAUGAAGGACAGAAAAGUAUGUUAGAACAUCCUCUAUGCGGAGCGUUUCUGUAUAUCAAAUGGUUGAAAAUCAGACGUUUUUAUUUUUGCCGACUAUUUCUCACAGCGAUAUUUGUGAUUCUCUUAACAACUUACAUUCUGACAGCACUAGCUCAUUACUGUUAUAAUUCAGCAGCCAACCGAACAAUCACCGAUCUAGAACUAUGUCGAAAUAAUUCCGUUUUCGGAUUUGUGCUAACUGAGAACCCCGAAUCAAUGGAAGUGAUAUGGUACAUAUUAGUGAUUUUUAGCAUUUGUGAAAUAACUAGAAAACUGAUGUCAAUAGCUGGUUACUCAACUUUGAAAUACUAUUUUUUCCAUUUAGGUAAUGUUUUUGAAUGGUUCACUUUGAUCAGUGUGUUUGUGAUAUCUUUCGAGUUCACCGGUGAAACCUACACUUGGCAAAACCAUAUCAGUGCAUUUGCGAUAUUGUUUGGAUGGGCGAAUUUGAUGUUAAUGGUUGGUCAACUACCAGUAUUUGGAACUUAUGUAGCAAUGUUCACCAAAGUGCAACAAGAAUUUCUUAAAUUACUUAUAGCUUACCUCUGUCUAUUAAUCGGUUUCACAAUAAGUUUUUGUGUAGUAUUUCCCACCUCAGAAGUAUUCAGAAACCCAUUGGUCGGAAUGAUAAAGGUUCUAGUUAUGAUGACUGGUGAAUUAGAUAUAGAUAUGCUAAUGCAGAAAGGUAGCAAUCAGAAAGCUUCCCCAUUGUCGGUGAGUGCACAUAUAAUUUAUGCUUUAUUUGUAUUACUUGUAGCUGUAGUUCUCAUGAAUUUAGUUGUAGGUAUUGCUGUACACGAUAUACAGGGCCUACACAAAACAGCUGGACUAUCAAAGUUAGUGAGACAAACAGAACUGAUAUCAUUUUUAGAACUAGCUCUUUUUCAAGGUUAUCUCCCUAAAAAAGUAGUCAACAUGCUGAAAUGGUCUGCGUUGAUUGCUCCAGCUGUAUACAGAGUGGUGCUGCAUGUAAAACCCUUGAAUCCUAGAGAAAAGCGCCUUCCACGCCAUAUAUUAGCGGCUGCUCAUAAUAUCGCCAGAGAUUGCACUAAAAAUUGUCACGGCGGCUCAAUGUCCGCAGCAACCAUGCACCGAUAUGCUUUAUCUAAGAAUAAUAAAUCUCUAACUGAGGAAUUGAAAGCACUCAGGGAACAAGUCCAAGAGCAACAAUUAUUGUUGAAUGAUAUUCUCAACUUAUUGAAGUCGAAAAAUUUAUGAUAUUGGAAAAUUUUACCAAACUAAUAAUUUCAGGUUUACAAUAAUUGGAAUGAGGACUAUCAGAAGUGUUUGUUGACAGAGCAGAGUUUUAUUAGUGUUAGGAUUAAUUUUACGCAAGGAAUAAUAAUUUUAAAUUAUGACUUUCCAAAAAAUACUCUGAAUACUUCGAUUUAAUCCUUCAAGAAGAAAGAAGCUUCUUUUUAAAACUUGAAAGACAUUUAUGAAGAUUUUAUUCAACUUAGGUCAGUAAUCAUGAAUAAUUGAAACAAGAGAUUUUCAGAUCUCGUUACAUAUUCAUAUUUUCAUUCUUGUAUAUUUCCCAGUUCAUUUAACAAAACGCACAACGCAAGUACCUAGUCUGUUUGGAAUUUAUUAUUAUCUCAAACAUAAAUAAUCCUUUCAUUAGAUCAGUACGGUACAUGAAAUGAUUUAUUUAUUGUAGUGAUGAAAAAUCAAUAAAAUCUAUAUAUUUCUCACAAUGAAUGGCCGCCAUUCUCAUAUAUCUCAACAUGGUCAUCGACAAUAAAUUUCAAUAGUUUUUUUCUGAUAUUUUUGAAGAGGUAUUUCUAGUAGCCUGUAGUAAAAAUAUCCGCCAAAAAAAGCAUAAAUCCAGAGCUUCUCAGACGCUUCCAGGUAACAACUUUAAAACAGAAAUUUAUUUGCGAUCAUAAAUUCCAUUCAGAUUCUUUUCGUGCUGAUGAAUUUCUCCCCCGAAUUCACUCAGCUAUUUGUCAAAUAAUUUAUCGCUUUUUGUGAUAGCUUCGGCAUGGCAUUCGUUCAAGAUUAAGAAUAACUCAGUCUCAUUUCUUGUUUUCCACUUUUACUUCUUUCACACUUUCUAUCUGGAAUGUCACUGAUGUCACCAGAACCAUAUCAAAAUGAUAAAUUGAAAGUAAUCCUCAUCAGGAACCUGUUAAGUAAUUUACAUCUCCUCUUAUAAACUUUCAAUCAUUCAAAUUCGAGUGGAGAAGUUUUUAGCGGUAUAUUUACUUAGACAUCCAUGAAUCUUGUUAGUUUUUUGUUUGAAUGACAGGCAACCGUUACUCUUUUCACUCUAUAAUUUUUGUUACAAAUAGCGCAGAGCUUUGGAACAAAUUAGCUUUUGUAAGUAAAUGCUGUUCGACAUUACAUUGUGUUGAACGUACGAUGUUUUUUUUUGUAAUUGCACUGUAUUUACAUUUACAUUUCAUUGGACGUUGACCCUUCCUAUUUUCCAUCUUUGUUGGUUGUUGAAUGCUGAUGGUGAAUUUUCAAAAUGAGAACAAUGUUCUAACAAAAUGUUUCACCUGAUAGAUAGUCUUGCAGUCUUCCAGUUUUUACAUAUUGGAUUUAGUCCAGCUAGUCCUACAUUUCGUAGAACCAACAAAAUAUACCUUUUCUAUUAAUUUAUUUGCCAAUAUUACGUCUGCUCAUGCUAUCAAUGACAGAAUAAAUAAUUCUAAAAACUUGCAAAGUUGAUAAUACCUUGAUUAUACAUGUAUUUUACCAGCACUCCAAAUAUUUUUGAAUAUUCUGUGUUUGUCAUGAAAUAAUCUUGAUAAUUGAGAACGGUCUUGACCAAGUGAGGUUUAUUGCCUAGCAAUCAGCUACUAUGAUUCAGCUAGUCAACCAAUGAUUGCUUCCUAAAAACAUCCAUGAUAGUAUUUUACAAACACAAAUCUUCAAUAAAUUCCUAAAAAAAUAAAAAUUUAAAGAAAUAUUUCAUCUUGCAAGCCGCUGGCAUUUUAUUAAUUAACUUACAAUUCUUCCCCAAGUUCCCAAUAUAAGGGAACUCAACCAACAAUAGGGAACUGAUUUACAUAACACUGAAUAACUGGCAUUGACAACUCAUGCAUCCAUUAGGUUUAUGAAAUAUUCAACUCAACUAAUAAACAUAGCCUACUGCCUGUAGAAAGAUUUCAAUUGUCCUAUUACAUUUUCAACAUAUUCAUAGAGAAUAAUCAUUAUGUAAACUAGACUCUGCUCUGUUCAAUGU